AUGUUUCAAGGUGGACUGGUCUUCUAUAACACAGCAUUGAUAUCAGAGCAAGAUAUGAGAUAUAUCUGGACAGAGGAAAAGAUGCAACGAAGGGCCUUGCAAUUUUUCUACUUGGGAACAUCUCUUGCAGCCAUGUUCGAUAUUCCAACUACAGGCGAUUUUCUCAAAGCAUUAGCCCAACUCCUUAAGGAGCAUGAGUCUUUGACUUUUCCUUUUAAUUUCGAUUAUGUGAUCACAACAGCAACCCUUUGUGAUAUGAUCAAACAAACCUAUGAGAAACUUUAUUUGGAACUACAGAAGGAGCAUUCAUGGACAGUUCAAACUCUUGACAUGUUCCAAAAGGUGGACACACGAUUCAAGAAAAUACUAUCAUUAAUUUAUAAAGAAUUCGAAGUUUUGGCGCGCGACAUUUUAGUUGAGGAGCUCAAUUCAAUCGAUCCAUUGGGUCUGCAGGCGUCAUCAUUACAUGAUAAAGACUGGGAUAUAUUAGCAAAUGACAGAAGCCCUCAAUAG